ACCUCCCUCCUUCCCUCUCUCCCUCUCUGUCUCUCUUUCGCCUUUUCCACGCUAACUUUAUUUCUCUCUCUUGGAAAUUUUUCUAUUUUCAAGUUAAACCAGCCAAAACCACUGCUAAAAGUGAAACAAGUAAUGGCCACCUGUUUUUUGGCUGCUUAUAAACACCAUUCAAAACCAGCAAUCAGAAACCAAAACGCAAACUUGUAGCGCAUCCUUUUCUGUUUCUCCUGUGUUGUCUAAACAUUAAUAUUUUAUUUUUAAUUUUGGUUUUGUGGUCGUAUGUUUUCAUUUGGUCAACAGUGGUUCCUAUAAGUAUGGGUGUCUCUGCAUCCGUAUAUCCAAUUUCUAGAGUUUCUUUUAUGAUGCAUGGAUUCUAUUUUCUCUGCUAAUCAUUCGUCAAUAUCGUGUUUGAAAUCUCGCUUUCUGGAAACUUCCAAACCGGAGAUUUCCACUUCACGGAAUUUCUCUUCUUCUUCGAUUAGUUUUAGUGGUCCUACAUCGGAUUUAGGUGCUGGUUUUUCAUCGAUCGGAUUCUCCAGAGGCGCCAUGUCUAGCGGUAAUGGAAACUACAAGCCGAAGAUCGUGACCGGCGAUUACGGUUAUGUUCUCGAAGAUGUUCCUCAUUUGACUGACUACCUUCCUGAUCUCCCUACUUAUUCCAAUCCUUUACAAGACAAUCCUGCAUAUUCAGUUGUUAAGCAAUAUUUUGUCCAUGUGGACGACACUGUUCCACAAAAGAUUGUUGUUCAUAAGGAUAGUCCAAGAGGGAUACAUUUCCGACGUGCUGGACCUCGCCAAAGGGUUUAUUUUGAAUCAGAUGAAGUUCAUGCUUGCAUUGUUACAUGUGGGGGUCUCUGCCCUGGACUUAACACGGUAAUUAGGGAAAUUGUAUGUGGCUUGUACCACAUGUAUGGCGUGAAGAGAAUUCUGGGAAUAGAUGGGGGAUACAGGGGUUUCUAUGCUCGAAAUACUAUUCCUCUGACACCUAAGGUUGUAAAUGAUAUUCAUAAACGUGGCGGCACCAUCCUCGGGACAUCACGAGGUGGCCAUGAUACUUCAAAGAUAGUCGAUAGCAUUCAGGAUCGGGGAAUUAAUCAGGUUUACAUAAUUGGAGGGGAUGGAACUCAGAAAGGAGCAUCAGUGAUAUUUGAGGAAGUUAGAAGAAGAGGUCUCAAAGUUGCAGUUGCUGGCAUUCCCAAAACAAUUGAUAAUGACAUUCCAGUCAUCGACAAAUCCUUUGGGUUUGACACUGCUGUCGAGGAGGCUCAACGUGCUAUUAAUGCAGCACAUGUUGAAGCUGAAAGUAUCGAGAAUGGUAUUGGUCUUGUGAAGCUAAUGGGUCGCUACAGUGGAUUUAUUGCAAUGCACGCUACUCUUGCAAGCCGAGAUGUGGAUUGUUGCUUGAUUCCAGAGUCACCUUUUUAUCUAGAAGGGGAAGGUGGCCUUUUUGAAUACAUAGAAAAAUGUCUUAAAGAGAACGGGCACAUGGUUAUUGUGAUAGCUGAAGGUGCUGGACAGGAGUUACUUACUGAGACCAUGCAAUCAACCCAACAGGAUGCUUCAGGAAACAAGCUUCUCCAAGAUGUUGGGUUGUGGAUAUCACAGAAGAUCAAGGAUUUCUUUGCAAAGAAGAGGAAGAUGACUAUAAACCUCAAAUAUAUAGAUCCUACAUAUAUGAUUCGUGCUGUUCCAAGCAAUGCAUCUGACAAUGUGUAUUGCACGCUUCUUGCUCAAAGUGCUGUGCAUGGAGCAAUGGCUGGUUACACUGGGUUUACAAGUGGUCUUGUGAAUGGCAGACAAACUUAUAUACCCUUCCAUCGAAUCACCGAGAAACAGAACAAGGUGGUUAUAACAGAUAGGAUGUGGGCACGGCUUCUGUCCUCAACAAAUCAGCCCAGUUUUUGGUGUCAUAAAGAUGUGAUUGAAGACAAGAAAGAAGAUAACGCCAAAAUAAAGGAAGAAGGAAAACAGGAAAGCCUAUUGAUAGACAGUAAGAAACAAGCAGAUGGCCCUGUGGCAAAGAAAGAGAGGGAAACGAAUGCAUUAAAGAAAAGUGGAUCUGAGCAUGCAUUAGAGCAACGAGGGGCUCAUGUAGUAGAGAAAUGCAAGUCAUUAAAGAAAAGUGGAUCUGAUGAUGCAUUAGAGAAAUGCAAAUCCAGAAAACAGACUUUGACUAAAAGAAGAUGGUUCAGCUUGGCUCUGUGUUGCCAUAUUCCUAACGAAAGUCAUUCGUAUCAGCGCUCUAAAAGGCAGGCUAGCCGUGGAUCGAAAAAGAUCCAGCCAACCGAGUUACAGUAACACUAGUCAGGUUAAACGAUUCAAUGUUUCCUCGUAUUUUCGUCAAGGGUAACGGGCAACGUAGAAUAAAAAAAGAACAGAAAUCAUUUUGUAUUCACUGUCAAUGGAUUUCAAGUAUGAUUAGGUUCGUCUUAUUUUUAUUUUCGAAA